AUGAAUCGAAAAGAAGAAGAAGAAAUGCUUGAUGACGAUGAACCAUUUCCAUCAUCGGAAAUGAUCACAAACGAAGAUGAUCAUCAGCAAUAUGAAGAAGAAGAAGGAGAAUAUUAUGAUGAUUAUUAUGCAAGUGCAAGUUUUUCUCAUGCAACAAGUGAACGCAAAUCCGAAAGCAUUUACAAACCCCUCUCCUUUGUUUCUAAAAAGAAACAUGAUCCUAUCGGAUCCAACAUGAAAUCCUCUUCCUCAUCCUCUUCCAACACAACGAACACAUUUAUGGAUGAAAAAGAUGAAGAUGAAAUUAUUAUUGAAGAUGAACAUUUAAUCGAUGAAACCAUGAACAUGACUCCCGAAAAGGUGGUUGAAGCCUUUCAUCAACCACAAAAAUUUACAAUUAUUCAACCCAAAAAGACUCAACAACAAUUAGUAGAAAAAGAAAUUCAAUCCACAAAAACUCAUGAAAAACCAACAGCAAAACGAGAUAAAGAUUUUGGACAUUUCAUUGAAGGAAAAGUUGGAUCCAAUGUCUUACGAAUGAUGUAUAAGAUGGGUUGGCAAGAUGAUAAGGGUCUAGGUCCAACCAAUUCGGGUAUUAUUAAUCCAAUCAAAGUUGUACAAACAUCAAAAAAUCAAGCGAUUAUCAUUACAGACGAACAUGUACAGAAAACAAACGUGAAAGAAGAAGAAAAGCCUCAAGAAACAAAACAACUCGAAGAAGAAGCCAUUCAAAAGAAAGGUUGGAAGAAAAAAAAUGUCUCUAAAAAGAAGAUCAAAUCGGUGGAACAAUUGUUAAAGGAAGCACCAUCACUUCAAGACAAGACAUCUCACACACAACAACCCUAUGAAAUUAUUGAUAUGACUGGACCAACUGCUCGAGUAGUGAGCAAGCUAAGUGAAAUCUCUUCAUCACGUCGAGAGAAGCAAUCCAUUACCAUUCCUGAAUUACAAUUUAAUGUCAAGGAAAUUGUUAGACAAACAGAAGCAUCCAUUCGUGACACUCAUGAAAAAAUUAAAUUAGAAAAAGAGAAAUUUGAAAGAUUGUACAAAGAAAAAGAGAAAUAUGAAGAAGAAUUAAGAAGAGAAAAGAAGAAAAUUGAUGUAUAUAAUCUCGUCUUUCCAAUUCUUGCUCAUUGCAAUCAAAAGGUUAAAGAAUCAAAACUUUCCAUUGCAGGUGUACAUCAAGUGUUUAGUCAGCUCAAACAACAACAUCCAGACAUAUUUGAAGAAUUCCAUUUUUCGAAUUACACGCUUGCAUUGAUUCAACCAAUUUUAACAGAACUUUUCAAAGAUUGGAAUCCUUUAACCAUCGAUCAUGAACCAUACAUUGAUUUACUACUUCCGUGGAGAAAUCUUUUCCAAAAGAAAGUUGUCAAGGAUCAACAGAUACAAGUCAUUGAGGAUGAAUAUGAAAAACUUUUACAAGAUAUUCUACUUCCACCCAUUCGAAAAACCAUUUCUGUUGAAUGGAAUCCUAAAGAGGAGUGUGAAAAUGCCAUUCUUUUCAUUGACAAGUUUGUUGAGAAAAUUUGUACACAUGGAAUGAAAGAGUACAUGACAGAAAAAUUAAUCAUUCCAAAAAUCAAGCAGUGGGUUCAGAAUGAAUGGAAUCCAAAGAAAGAUUCGAUACCUAUUCACAUUUGGAUUCAUCCAUGGUUUGCUCACAUCUCAAUCAAGACGUUUGAAACUCAUGGAAUUAUUAAUCUCAUCAAAAACAAAUUAGAAACAAUUCUUCUCAGAGAUUGGAACGAUAUCAAUGACCCUAGAGCUUAUGACACGUUGGAACCUUGGAAAGAUGUUUUUACUGAUUAUUACAAGUUCUUGGUUAAGACAGUGACACCUCAAAUUGUCAAAAGUGUGCAGAAAAUUACCAUCUCAACAGAUCAGACCCAAGUGGAUACAAAAACUCGACAAGUGCUCUCUGCAGUCAUGCAUUGGUACAAACUCAUUCCAGAAUUUAUUUCUGCAAUUUUGGAAUCUCAAUUCUUUCCAAAGUGGUGGAAAGUGCUAUAUCAUUGGCUUUGUGAUCCAUCUUGCUCUUUUACUCAAGUCAAUGAUUGGUAUCAAAACUGGAAAGAAGAAUUUGAAGAUGUCGAUGGAGACAAAACCAUUCAAUUAUGUCUUAAGAGGGGCUUGGACAUGAUCUAUCAAGCACUUUCAAAUAAGGAAAUUCAACCAGCUCACAAGCUUCCUCUUCCAUCGCAAGAAUUGGAAACUCUUGAAACGACUACUCAACGAGCACCCAAAGCCCAAAAACAACCACCAAGACACGAAAAAACUUUCAAGGAGCUCAUUGAAGAUUUUGCUGAAGAAAAUAAUUUACCUUUUAUCAUCAAACAUGGUCAAUAUUACGAUGGAAAGCAAUUGUACAACUUUAAUGGAAUUACAACGUAUAUUGAAAAUGACUGCCUUCAUGUGAAAUCACCAGGUACUAGCACAUGGAAGCCAGUAACCUUGAGUGAAUUUAUGGAACUGUCAUCUAACAAGAAAGAACGAUAA